CCAUGGUGACUUGGGCUGUGAUAGCAGUGUUGUCCAUGACAACGGUGACAGCACAGAAUCUACCAUCAUAUACAUCUCCAAAUUCUGAGAUCAUAGGAAGGGAAAGCAUCAGGUACAGCUUACUUCCUUCGGGUGGCGUGUUCAAGAAAUUUGGUUCUGAUAGAAGUUACUCCUUCAACUAUGAAACACCGACCAGUUCUCGUUCUGAAGACGCCGAUUCGAGCCUGAAUGUCAAGGGGCGGUAUAGCUUUACAGGUAAUGAUGGACGCACAAGAACUGUCAGUUAUACGGCGGGUUCUGAAACUGGUUUCGUCGCCGAAGCUGAUUUCUUGCCUGUUGCUCCAACAACUACAGCUUUAUCAGCAGCUGCUCCUGCGGCAGCCGUCUUGUAUUCCACCUUAGGGACGCAAGGUGAAGCUAAGGUCAGAAGUUCUUCUUCACCUGACGGAAGUUACUCUUUCGGUUAUGAAGCACCAAGCAGCUCUCGCUCUGAAGACGCUGAUUCUAACUUGAAUGUUAAGGGACGUUAUAGCUUCCAAGCUGAUGAUGGACGCACAAGAAUCAUCAAUUACAGAGCGGGUUCUGGAACCGGUUUUAUCGCUGAGGGUGACUUCCUACCUGUUGCUCCCGAGGCUUCAGUUGGAUCAGCAGCUGCUCCAAACGCAGCCGUUUUAUAUUCAGUCGAUGGAACACAAGGUGAAGCUAAGAUUAGAAGUUCUUCUUCGCCUGAUGGAAGUUACUCAUUCAACUAUGAAGCACCGAGCAGCUCUCGUUCUGAAGAAGCUGAUUCUAGACUGAAUGUCAAGGGCAUGUAUAGCUUCCAGGCUGAUGAUGGACGCAAGAGAACCAUAAAUUACAGAGCAGGUUCUGAAACUGGCUUCAUCGCCGAAGGUGAUUUGCCUGUUGCCCCAGAGGCUUCAGUUGGGUCUGCAGCUUCUCCAGAAGCAGCUGUUUUGUACUCAGUGGCUGAAACACCUGGCGAAGCUAAGAUGAGAAGCUCUUCUUCACCUGAUGGAAGUUACUCUUUCGGUUAUGAAGCACCGAGCAGCUCUCGCUCUGAAGUUGCUGAUUCUAGGCUAAAUGUCAAGGGGAAGUACAGCUUCCAGGCUGAUGAUGGACAAACACGAACAAUUAAAUAUCAAGCGGGUUCUGAAACUGGUUUUGUUGCCGAAGGUGAUCUCUUGCCUGUUGCUCCGAAGGAUUUUACUGGAUCAGCAGCAUUUCCUGGGGCAGCUGUUUUAUAUUCCACCUUAGGGACACAAGGUGAAGCUAAGGUCAGAAGUUCUUCUUCACCUGACGGAAGUUACUCUUUCGGUUAUGAAGCACCAAGAAGCUCUCGCUCCGAAGAUGCUGAUUCUAGCCUAAACGUCAAGGGAAAAUAUAGCUUCCAAGCUGAUGAUGGACGCAUAAGAACCAUCAACUACAGAGCGGGUUCUGGAACCGGUUUCGUCGCUGAAGGUGACUUCCUGCCCGUUGCUCCCGAGGCUUCAGUUGAAUCAGCAGCUGCUCCAGAGGCAGCCGUUUCAUAUUCACCUGCUGAGAUACGAGGAAAAGCUCGAGCGAAGAGUAUAGUUUCUAGAGAUGGAAGUUACUCUUUCAAUUAUGAAGCACCAAGCAGCUCUCGCUCUGAAGACGCCGAUUCUAAUUUGAAUGUUAAGGGACGUUAUAGCUUCCAAGCUGAUGAUGGACGCACAAGAACCAUCAAUUACAGAGCGGGUUCUGGAACCGGUUUUAUCGCUGAGGGUGACUUCCUGCCCGUUGCUCCCAAGGCUUCAGUUGGAUUAGCAGCUGCUCCAGACGCAGCCGUUUUAUAUUCAAUCGAUGGAACACAAGGUGAAGCUAAGGUAAGAAGUUCUUCUUCACCUGACGGAAGUUACUCUUUCGGUUAUGAAGCACCAAGAAGCUCUCGCUCCGAAGAUGCUGAUUCUAGUCUAAACGUCAAGGGAAAAUAUAGCUUCCAAGCUGAUGAUGGACGCACAAGAACCAUCAAUUACAGAGCGGGUUCUGGAACUGGUUUCAUCGCUGAGGGUGACUUCCUGCCCGUUGCUCCCGAAGCUUCGGUCGGAUCAGCAGCUGCUCCAGACGCAGCCGUUUUAUAUUCAGUUGAUGGAACACAAGGUGAAGUUAAGGUUAGAAGUUCUUCUUCGCCUGAUGGAAGUUACUCCUUCAACUAUGAAGCACCGAGCAGUUCUCGCUCUGAAGAAGCUGAUUCUAACCUGAACGUCAAGGGACGGUAUAGCUUCCGUGCUGAUGAUGGACGUACAAGAACAAUUAACUAUAAAGCGGGAUCUAAAAUUGGUUUCAUUGCCGAGGGUGACACUCUGCUGGUUGCUUCCGUAGUGUUGUCCCUGGCGGUGGUUAGCACACUGAGUUUUCCACGUUCUGAUGCCGGCUACAAUAUCCCUACGGUGGGCCUGGGAUCCCGAGCCCAGUACUACGUCCUCCACAGCGAUGGCACUUACAAAUACGGCUACGACACCGGCGAUGGCAACUAUGAACAAUCAAUGGCACAAACACCUGGUAAUGUAGCUGGAGCAUUUGGGUACAAGGACCCGACUGGGACCAACAUCAAACUGGAAUACACGGCCGAUGACAGAGGCUUCAUUCCCCGUGGUACUCACCUUCCGGUUGCUCCUAAGGAUGACUUCGGCUCCCGUGUAACCGGAGGAUCUGUUGCUGCCACUAGAAGAGUUCAAUCGUCUUUCCACCCUGCAGCUUUCACUCCUGGUGCUGCUCCUGCCAGUGCCGUGGCAAGCGUUAGAAGUAGUCCUGCUGACCCUGUUGAAGUAGCACAGGUUAGGAGUGCUACUUCUGACGACGGUAGUUACAGCUUCUCCUACGAAACUUCCAGUAGCUCUCGAUCUGAAACAGGUGAUGCCCAGAACUCUGUUAAAGGAGCCUAUUCCUUCGUUGCCGACGAUGGCGUUAACCGUCACAUCCAAUACAUCUCAGGUGCUGAUACUGGUUACAUUGCUGAAGGAGAUUCUCUUCCUGUAGGACCCCCUGUACCUGGUGCUGAAAGUGGCAUUCCCACGGGCAGGAUACUUCCGGUACUCUCCGAAGAAGAAGCUAACGCUCUCGCUGCUUCAACAUCCAGGAGAGGCUUCACUGCUGCAGCUUCCCCUGUUGUUGCCACGUACAGUGCUCCCACUUCUUCUGCUAGUGCUCCGAGCCCAGCCACACGCUCUAAGAUUUCUCCAGGUGCACCUGCUUCUGAUGCUUCCUACUCUUUCAGUUAUGAUGCUGGAGACAGCUCUCGGUCUGAGAGUGCUGACCCCAGUCUUAACGUACAAGGGACUUACAGCUUCGUUCCUCCAGAUACCCAACAUCGUCUGACUGUCAACUACAGAGCAGGUGCUGACACUGGCUUCGUCGCCGAAGGUGAUCACCUUCCGGUUGCUCCUGAUGCUGCCGUUGGCUCUCGUGGCACUGGAGGGGCUGUUGCUGCCACAAGAACUAUUCCAACAUCCUACAUCCCUGUAUCACCCACUCGUGCCAAUGGUGUUGCAAGCGUUAGGAGUAGUUCUACUCUCCCAGUUGAGGUGGCUCAGGUCAGGAGUUCUGCUGCUGACGAUGGCAGUUACAGUUUCGCCUACGAAACUUCCAGUAGUUCUCGAUCCGAAACAGGUGACGCCCAGAACUCUGUUAAAGGAGCCUAUUCCUUCGUUGCCGACGAUGGCAUUAACCGUAAGAUCCAAUACACCGCAGGUGCUGAUACUGGUUACAUUGCUGAAGGAGAUUCUCUUCCUGUAGGACCCCCUGUACCUGGUGCUGAAAGUGGCAUUCCCACGGGCAGAAUACUUCCGGUACUCUCUGAAGAAGAAGCUAACGCCCUCGCUGCUUCAACACCCAGGAGAGGCUUCACUGAUGCAGCUUCACCAGUUGUUGCCACGUACAGUGCUCCCACCUCUUCUGCUAGUGCUCCGAGCCCAGCCACACGCUCUAAGAUUUCUCCAGUUGCACCUGCUUCUGAUGCUUCCUACUCUUUCAGUUAUGAUGCUGGAGACAGCUCUCGAUCUGAGAGUGCUGACCCCAGUCUUAACGUACAAGGGACUUACAGCUUCGUUCCUCCAGAUACCCAACAUCGUCUGACUGUCAACUACAGAGCAGGUGCUGACACUGGCUUCGUCGCCGAAGGCGAUCACCUUCCGGUUGCACCUGAAGCUGACGUCGGCUCCCACGUGACCGGAGGGGCUGUUGCUGCUACAAGGUCUGCAGGAGCUGUUUCCAGGGGUCAGGUCACCCCUGGCUUCUAUAACGGCCAGACCAAAUCUGCAGGAGACACCUUCAGUGGUCAGGCCCCUGCUGACUCCUCCAGCGGUCACACCAGCCAGGUAGUUGGGGAUGUGCUGCUCCAUCAGUAUUCUGCCACUAAUUCUGACAAGUUUGGUUACGUGUUCACCGCAGUGCGCCGCUGAUAAACAGAGACCUAGCGUGAGUAUGCCUGAAGGCGCAUCGAAGCUUAUACCUGUUCAGCCUAGUAUCUAGAUCCAAUUUUCUCAACCUCUUGUCUCAACCCAAUUUUCUUAGCUUUAUAAAAACCCAAUUUUCACAACCUAGUACCUAAAUCCAAUCUACUCAACUUGGACUCUAAAACUAGCGUUCUCAGCUUCUUAUCUAGACCAUCAUUCUCAGCUUCGUAUCCAAAUCCAAGUUAAAUUGUUUUGAUAUCCCUUGCAAUCUCUGCUUCACGAGGUAUCAAUCUUCGCGCCUUCAUCUCAGCUCGCUAACCUUCAACAUGGAUGACGACGGGUGCUGCCCAUUAGUAGCCUAAACACCUGUAUAUAAGUGUCUGUAAUAUAAUUUAACCCAGCAAUAAUCAAAAAGCCAUAAAAAACAUCGGUGGCAACUAACGAAAAUACCCGAGCAAUGGUAGGAAAAAAAUGUUUCUUUAAUACACGGUUUAUCAAUAAAAGUGGCAUAUGA